AUGAAAAGAAAUGUGGAAGAAGAAGAAGAACCCAUCGAAGAAUUUAAUGGUCAAAAAGCUGAUCCUUUGCUUGAUCUUAGGCUUUCGUCAACUAAUGAUGUUGAGGUUGAUUCCAAACUAGAGCUCAACUUAUUGGGUGUUCUUGGCAAUAAGGAGUCUCCAAAGAUACCAGAGUCUGAAACUGAAAGGAAUAAUAAUAAAGAAGGAGGAAAACGCAACUUCGUUUGCAAAUAUUGCCAUAAGAAGUUCAACAACUCUCAGGCAUUAGGUGGCCACCAAAAUGCCCAUAAAAGGGAACGAGCAUUGCAGAAAAAAGAGAAAGGACUUGAUUUGUUAGUCCCUUAUGGACUAGUAAUCGAUGCUCAUCCUUCACUGUACCCAUAUCCAAGUGGUCAUCAUGGUGCUUUUGGCAGACCUCUCGGUAUUAAAAUGCACUCUAUGAUUCAUAAACCACCACCAUAUCACUACUAUGACAGCUACUGGGCUAAUAUGGAAAUGAAUCGUAGCCCUCCAUUUUUGGGUAGACUAAUUGAAGGUUCUUCACUUGCAGCUGCUAAUAGGAUUGGAAGCCAACCCUAUGAUCUUCCAGGGCAUUAUGACUUGUCCCUCAACCUCUAAUUGUAUUUCCUUUUUAUCAUUUGAAAAAUAAUGUUGGUCAUUACUUAGUUUCUAUUUAAGAAAACACACCUUAUACUUUUG